AUGGACUCAAACGAUUUUGCUGCUAUCAAACCAGAGGAACAAAACAUGUCUCGUCUGUCUCACGCAGAUCACCUUGAACGUCUUCACACUGAAGGCGGACAUGUGAACGACCGAAGCCAACCUGCUCUCCCUGUCUAUCAUCGCACAUUUGCGAGCCCGUCUCCUUUAGGGUUGAUCUCAUUUGCCACAGAUAUUUUCCUGAUCUCUGUGUUUGGAUUGCACGCCAGGAGUAUCUCAGCACCUAAUGUGAUGGUUGGGUGUUUGGUAUUCUAUGGUGGUGUUGGUCAGUUCAUUGCCGGAAUCAUGGAAUUCAUCACUGGAAACACGUUCGGUGCCACUGUAUUUUCGUCAUAUGGUGCGUUCAACUUGUCGUAUGCAAUGAUAUACCUUCCCGGAACAGGCAUAUUGUCUGCCUACACCGACGCCGCUACCGGUGCCGUGGAUUCCAGCUUCAACCAGGCUCUGGCGUUAUACUUAUGGGCAUGGUUUAUCGUGACCGUGGUAUUUACCAUCGCGGCAAUGCGGUCCUCUUGGGUUCUUUUCAUUGACUUGUUCUUCUUGGACAUCUGUCUUCUGCUUCUGGCUUCUGGUUUCAUGGCCAAUAUAAAUGCUCUUCUGACCGCCGGUUAUUCUUUCGGCCUUGCGGUGUCGUUCCUUUCUUACUGGGCCGGCUGUGCUGGACUAUGGGGUGGUGGAGUCACACCGAUCAAGCUACCAACAUUUGAGAUGCGUUCUGCUGUUUGA